AUGAAGGAUCUUGGAGAACUUAAAUUCUUUCUGGGAAUAGAAGUUGCAAGGUCACAUGAGGGAAUAGUGUUGUGUAAAAGAAAAUAUGCACUAGAAUUAAUAUCAGAAGCAGGUUUAAGUGGAGCAAAGCCAGCCAAGACUCCACUUGAAACCAAUCUGAAACUGACAUCUGUGGUAUAUGACAAAGCUAUACAGCAUGAGGCAACAACUGAUGAUGAACUAGAAAUCCUGCUAUAUUGGGGUGCUUGUCUAGAAACUAGGAGGUCAGUCACAUGUUAUCUGGUGAAGUUUGGAAGAGUUUUAGUUUCAUGGAGAGCCAAGAAACAAGAAACUAUGUCAAGAAGUUCAGCAGAAGCAGAAUUUAGGAGCAUGGCUGCAUACACUGCAGAACUUACAUGGUUGACAGGCAAAGCUGCAAUUCAAAUUGCUGCUAAUCCUAUACUCCAUGAGAGAACCAAACAUAUAGAUAUUGACUGUUAUUUUGUAAGAGAAAGAGUCAGUCAAGGCAUGAUUAGAACAGACCAUGUAUCUACAACAGAACAAUUAGCAGAUAUACUCACAAAGGGAUUAGGAAGAGUUCAACGUGAAUACUUGAUAAGCAAGCUGGGACUAAGAGACAUAUUCAAGCCAUCAGCUUGA